GGGAAGGGGCGCGAGGCAGAGUUCUACCCAUUCACGACCACCGACUACCGGAGAGCAGCCUCCUCCUCCUCCCGUACCACUGUAGCACACCGAGCCGGAGAAGAUGGUCGCGGUGCAUACAUCCCUUUAUUCGUCCCCGUUGGCCGAGUGGAUAUGCUGUCUAGAUAAAAGGCCGUCGGAGCGCUCCGGGGAGGACGUGGACAUCAUCCUCACCCGGCUCCGGGAGGUGAAGGCCUUCCAGAGGUUUCCUCCUCCGCUGCUGCUGCAGAUCUGCUCCUGCGCCUUCUACGAGUACCUGGAGAAAGGCAUCACACUGUUCAGGCAGGGAGACAUCGGGACCAGCUGGUACGCGGUUCUGUCCGGCUCCUUGGAUGUUAAAGUGUCAGAGACUGCCAACCACCAGGAUGCAGUCACCAUCUGCACGCUGGGGAUCGGCACGGCGUUCGGGGAGUCCAUCCUGGACAACACCCCGCGACAUGCCACCAUCGUCAGCAGGGAGAGCAGCGAGCUGCUGCGCAUCGAGCAGAGGGAGUUCAAGAGCCUCUGGGAGAAAUACCGUCAAAGCAUGGCUGGAUUACUGGCUCCUCCUUACGGUGCCAUGGAGAGUGGAUCCAACAAUGACCGACUUGCAGACAAAGACGGCAUGAAUUCAGACUCAGUUGGCCUUCUGAACAAGCCAUACAACAAGGUUCCCUCAGAGAAGCUGCAGAGGGCAGGGAAGGUCCUUCGCAACGCCAUCCUGUCCAGAGCCCCCCACAUGAUCCGGGACCGCAAGUACCACCUCAAGACCUACAGACAGUGUUGUGUGGGGACAGAGCUGGUGGACUGGCUGGUGCAGCAGAGUGCCUGUGUCCACACGCGCUCCCAUGCAGUGGGCAUGUGGCAGACCCUGCUGGAGGAAGGGGUGCUCAACCACGUGGACCAGGAGCUGGGCUUCCAGGACAAAUACCUGUUCUACCGUUUCCUUGACGACGAGGAUGAGGAUACGCCGCUGCCUAGUGAGGAGGAGAAGAGGGAGAGUGAGGAAGAGCUGCCGGAGACCAUCCUCUUCCUCGCCCAGAUCGGCCCUGAUGCUCUGCUGCGGAUGAUCCUCCGCAAAUCGCCAGGCCAGAGGAGCGGGGAUGAUCUGGAGAUCAUCUAUGAUGAGCUGCUGCACAUCAAGGCCUUGGCUCAAGUCUCCAACACUGUAAAGAGAGAGCUGGCCAGUGUCCUGAUCUUUGAGUCGCACGCCAAAGCAGGGACCGUGUUGUUCAAUCAAGGAGAGGAGGGCACGUCGUGGUACAUCAUCCAGAAGGGCUCCGUCAACGUGGUGAUCUACGGCAAGGGCGUGGUGUGCACGCUCCACGAGGGCGAUGACUUCGGGAAGCUGGCGCUGGUGACGGACUCGCCGCGCGCCGCGUCCAUCGUGCUGCGGGAGGACCACUGCCACUUCCUGCGCGUGGACAAGGAGGACUUCAACAGGAUACUCAGGGAUGUAGAAGCGAAUACAGUGCGUCUUAAAGAACAUGAGCAGCCUGUGUUGGUGCUGGAGAAGAGUCCUCGAGCCUCGACCAUGGGAAGCAUCAAGUAUACUGUGAUAUCAGGGACGCCAGAGAAGAUUCUGGAACACUUUCUGGAGACCAUGAGGAUGGACACGCAUCACAGUGAACCAGACCCAGCGGUGGACGACUUUGUCCUCAUGCAAUGUGUCUUCAUGCCCAACAGCCAGCUUUGUCCUCUUCUUCUGGCUCACUAUCACGGCGCGGCCCCGCCGGGCUCGGAGCAGGAGCGCGUGGAGUACACGGUGGCCAUCAAGAGGAAGGUGCUGACCCUGGCCCUGCGUUGGGCCAGCACACACAGCUACCUGCUGCAGGAGGAGCCCGCCGCACUCGCCUUCCUGGAGGAGCUGUACGGAAGUGUGACCAAUGACUCCAGGAUGCUCAGAGCGCUGAAGGACUUUGUUGUGGACGUGGAGAAAGUCGUCAAACUGCAUUCUGAAGAAGCCAAAUCGUCCAAGAAGAAAAGCCUCAUCCGACAGUUCAGCCACGGAGAGGAGAGACUUCAAAAGAAGCAACCUAUUAGGAACCAGGACGACAUUCUGCUGAAGGUGUUCUGCAGUGACCACACCUACAGCACCAUCCGUGUUGCCGUGGCAGCCACAGGCAGGGAGGUGAUCAGCGCAGUAGCCGACAAGCUGGGCACCAACGACGAGCUCCUAUUGGUCCACCUCAGCUCUUCUGGGGAGAAACUGAUCCUGAAGCCCAAUGACGUGUCCGUGUUCUCCACGGUGGGAAUCAACGGCCGCUUGUUUUCCUGUCCCAGAGAGCAGCUCAACGCACUGACCCCCCUCCCUGACCAGGAGGGUCCUACUGCUGGGUCCAUGUCCAGCUUUGAGCUGAUGAGCUCCAAGGACCUGGCCUACCAGAUGACCCUCUACGACUGGGAGCUCUUCAGCUGUGUGCAUGAGCACGAGUUGCUGUACCACACGUUCGGCCGCACCAACUUCCGCCGCACCACGGCCAACCUGGACCUGUUCCUGCGGCGCUUCAACCAGGUGCAGCUGUGGGUGGUCACCGAGGUCUGCCUGUGUGGGACGCUCAGCAAGAGGGUGCAGCUGCUCAAGAAGUUCAUCAAGAUCGCAGCGCACUGCCGAGAGUUCAGGAACCUGAACUCGUUCUUUGCGAUCAUUAUGGGGAUGAGCAACCCUGCAGUGAGCAGGCUGAGCCAGACCUGGGAGAAACUCCCCAGCAAGUUCAAAAAGUUCUACGCUGAGUUUGAAAGCAUGAUGGAUCCAUCCAGGAACCACCGGGCCUACCGGCUCACUGUCACCAAGCUGGAGCCGCCAAUCAUCCCCUUUAUGCCCCUCCUCCUUAAAGAUAUGACCUUCACACACGAGGGCAACAAGACGCUCAUUGACGGCAUGGUCAACUUUGAGAAGAUGCGUAUCAUCGCCAACACCAUUCGCCAAGUGAGACACUGCAGGAGCCAGCCGUUCAACCCGGAGAUCUGCCAGCCCAACAAGAACCACGCCGAGGUGCGUGGCUACGUCCGCAAGCUGUGCGUGGUGGACAACCAACGGGCCCUGACGCAGCUCUCCUAUAGGCUGGAGCCCCGCAGGACGUGAACGAUGCCCCCUACCCCUCCCCCUCCCUCAAAAGAACCGUCCGUCCUUCCCUGGAUCCGGGUCCCGGCGCCCGCAGGAACAUCCUCCCACCGUAGCCACCGCAGCCGGUCGUGACCACCCGCUCCGGCUCGGCCCCUCGGACUCAUACUGUCCAAGCCUCUUCCACCCCAGGGCCGUUGACCAAUCAGCUGCUUUCUUGUCCAUGAACCCUCCCAUAGCCCUCCACCCUCCUUCAGACCUGGGUACUGGAUCCCGAUGCUGCUCUCGUUGAUGGAGAAGUGUGAUGUACAGACUGGUCCAUAUCCAUACCCUGCAUGGCCUCAUAAACAUUGUCUCUAUUACAGUGGGUCUCAUUGAUCGGUACGGUCGCACUGUGUUGCGUGUGGACGUCCAGCCUACUGGUCUACAGUUAGGGUUUGUUACGCGCUUGUACAGCAAAAAAAUAUCAUGCUAGUACUGUCAUACUAUGGUAGUAUUACAGUCACUGAUAGCAGCACUCUGAAGCCCGCGCGAACCAUAGAGAGACUAGCGAUGUUUAAAAGAGCUACAAGAACAGUACUUAGUCUCAUUGUAAUGUUAUAACGGUACAAUUUUAGCGAUGUAUUCUGGAAAUGUAUGAAGAAAAACAUAGGAUUCGAUGUCCUCCGGGUUAAGAAACGAUUCCAACUGGCUAAUAAAUAAUGUUCUUAUAGUAUUAGUGAGUAUGCCCUCGACAGAGUCGAUAUUGAUUGUCAAUAUUAGAGAAAAAAAAAUCGCCCAUGAAGGUGUUCAUCUCCAUGUUUGCAGCAUUGCCAAGUUAAUUCCAUUAAAGCACAACACCUGUAGCAUAAACAUCUGUCCCCACGGCCAAGGGGCCGCCUGAAUCACCAAUCAGAUCAGACAAUGUGUUCCUUCAGAUCUGCUGAGAACACCCAUCGCUGUCUGGAUGGAGUUGAUUGCACAGACAUGAGAGGAGAAUCUCUUGGCCCCACAUCUCGUUUUUAUCCGUUGUGUGUGAAAUGUUUAAUUUUGUAUGAUGUCUCUUUGUGUAAAUGUGGGUGUUUUUUGUGAUUUUUGAGUAUGAUCUGGAUUUUGUUUCUACUUCUCUGUCUCCCGUAGCUCCUGGUGUGGGGUUGUGUGUUGGAGGCUACCGCAAGGCUUGCUAUUCCCCACACGGCAGCCUGUGUUAUAUAUACACUGUGUGUGUGUGUGCGAGUGUGUGUGUCUGCGUGCGUUUGUGUAGAAUGAGCUGUAAA